UCCCUCUCUACAUCUCUGCAUUCGCCUCUUUUAGUCGUGUGGGAAGCUCAGUGAAUGCGGCUGCAGAAGGAGCCAGCAUACUUAUGCGCCUGACACGGAUACUGCUCUGUCUUUACAGGAGGGGGAAACAAGCCUGCUUUCCUCUCCUUCAAUUCGCACCAUUUCCUCAAACUGGAUAUCUUUUUUUUGUUUUUUUUGCCUUUAAGAAAUAACAAUACUUUAUCUCUGCAAGUUUAUUUCUUGAUGACAUCUUGUGUGGACCGAUGGAAGCGGGGGAAAGCGCAGAGUUUCCAGCGGCUCCUCACUUGCACUGCAGCGGACUAAAGGCUGAAUAACUGCAUUAUUCAUUUUUUACGCUCCGGUUUUUGUUUUUCUCUCACUUGUCUCUCUCGCCUUUUUCUUUACUUUUUCUGAUUCAUGUUCAUCCAGGGGAAAAAAGCGUCGAUAUCACCAAAGCCCAUAUUUUUUUCAUUGGUAUAUAUAUAUUUUUUUUAAAUAACUCCCGUUGGAUGGACACUGACAAAGACAUAUUUUCCGCCUGUGUGUGCAAAUAAACUGAUCGCUUCAGACAAUAACUGUUGGAUUUAUGAGUCCUUGAGGGACAAAAAAAAUGUAUACAUGACCUAAUGGGAGCUUUUUGGCUGCUGCCGCCAUCGAAAGCGUUAUCCCGGUGCGCAACUUCGCCCGAAACAAACCAGCAUUUAUUCUGUAGGAUCGUUGGGGGGUUGCUGAGCUGAGCCGAAGCCAGACGCACAGUGUUGGCCAUCCUCGCUCCCCUCUCCUCUCUGCAAGUAGUCCUUCUUCAGUGUCUCCCUACAACAACGCCAAAAAAAAAAAAAAAAAAUGACGGACUUCUUUCACCGCAUCACUGACCACCUUGCGCCUUUUUUCACGCCUUGGAGUCGCCGGACGCGCCUUUAAGAUCUCUAAAAGCUCUCUCUCUCUCUUUCUCUCUCUCUCUCCCGCUCUCUCUCUCACUCACUCUCUACCUCUCUCUCUCUCUUCCGCUCUCCCUUUUCGAAGUCUUUCUCUUUCUCUCCUGCAACCAAAUGAAUGCUCUCCCAUGGAGGUAGUACAACCACCUUGGGGACCGAACGACCAGAGGGGUGAUUUUUCCAAGCAAGAGGAGCCCGUCAGUAAAAGACGCAUCGGGUGAAAUCGGAGCUCCCCCCCCCCCCCUCCUCCCACCCCUCUCCUUUGCUCUCCAUCUCCACCGCACCCCCCCCUCCAGUUUGCCUGGCUCGGGUUGAUAUACAGUUAGCCUGCAUGGGGAUAUAGGAGCUGGAGGAACCUUGUUGCGCCCCUCUAACUACGUGCAUCUGACUUCAGCUGGGAGAACUGUUUGCGCACAUCUCCAUCCAUGUCUCACCAUAGCUGCCCCGUGUCUCCGGAGGGAGCCGCAUUCAUUACCGCCUCAGCUUUGGGUAACUAAAUGGUUUUCUGGGGGAGGAUUUCUAACCGGCGAGAUGCUGCUCGUAUUCCUGCUGGCAGCCUUUUCUUCUUCCAUCACCGGCUCCCUCUCCUCCUCCCUCUCCUCCCCCUCCAUGUCGGACGGACCCCAGAUGCCAGACCCGUCCGCCUCGGACCUGAUGGCCGAGACCUGCAGCGCCUGCUCCUGCAUGUCCGUGGAAAACGUGCUGUACGUCAACUGCGAGAAGAUCACCGUCUACCGGCCCACGCAGCUCAUCCCGCCGGCCUCGUCCCUCUACCACAUGAACUUUCAGAACAAUUUCUUAAUAAUCCUCUACCCAAACUCGUUCCUCAACUUCACCCACGCUGUGUCACUGCAGCUGGGAAACAAUAAACUGCAGAACAUUGAAGGUGGAGCGUUCUUGGGGAUGAGCGCGUUGAAGCAGCUGCACCUGAACAAUAAUGAGCUUAAGGUGCUGCGAGCGGAUACUUUCCAAGGGAUAGAAAACUUGGAAUAUCUCCAGGCCGACUACAACUUGAUCAAAUAUAUUGAAAAGGGAGCAUUUAACAAACUGCACAGACUAAAAGUGCUCAUCCUGAAUGACAACCUCAUUCAGGCCCUUCCUGACAACAUAUUUCGCUUUGCCUCGCUCACACACCUGGAUAUAAGGGGGAACAGGAUCCAGAAGCUUCCCUAUUUGGGAGUUCUGGAGCACAUUGGGCGCAUUGUAGAGCUGCAGCUGGAUGACAACCCCUGGAAUUGUACCUGUGAUUUAGCACCUCUCAAAGCAUGGCUAGAAAACAUGCCGUAUAAUAUUUUCAUUGGCGAGGCCAUAUGUGAAACACCGAGUGACUUGUACGGCAGACUCCUAAAAGAAACCAACAAACAGGAGCUUUGUCCCAUGGGAACAGGGAGUGACUUUGAUGUGCGGAUGCCGCCUGUGGCGCCUGAUAGCGGGCAGCCGCCCUCCAAAACGUCCCCAACCACAGUGGCUCCUCUAGCCACAAAAGCGCCAAAAACCACAGACUCAUCAAAGAUUUACGGUAACGGUAUCGUGGCUGGUUUGCCCCCCUUUGGAAGAAAUAGUCAGAUUGUUUCUUUUCAGACGCGAACCCCUCCACUGUUGUGUCCGCAGCCCUGCAGCUGUAAAGCCCACCCUUCUGACUUCGGCAUCAGUGUCAGCUGUCAGGAGAGAAAUGUGAAAAAUUUAGCUGAUCUCAUUCCCAAACCCCCAAACGCCAAGAAACUUCACCUAAGUGGGAAUUACAUCCGUGACAUUAGCCCGAGUGAUUUCCAAGGGUUUGAAGGUCUGGAUUUGCUACAUCUUGGCAGCAAUCAAAUUGUCACAGUGCAGAAAGGUGUGUUCGCUAACCUCACCAACCUGAGGAGACUGUAUUUGAAUGGUAACCAACUAGAACAGUUACACCCAGAGAUGUUUCUGGGCCUUGCAAAUCUGCAGUACCUAUAUUUGGAAUACAAUGCCAUUAAAGAAAUCCUAGCGGGCACAUUCGACUCCAUGCCAAACCUUCAACUUCUGUAUCUCAACAACAACGUUCUGCGGAGUCUCCCUGCCUAUGUGUUUGCGGGUGUCUCCUUAGCACGGCUCAAUCUGAAAAACAAUCACUUCAUGACCCUGCCAGUGAGCGGUGUCCUGGACCAGCUGCGAUCGUUGACCCAAAUAGACCUGGAGGGGAACCCGUGGGAGUGUUCCUGCGAUCUUGUGGCCCUCAAACUCUGGCUAGAGAAGCUGAGUGAUGGAGUGGCUGCCAAAGAGGUGAAAUGUGCAUCCCCCGUGCAGUUCUCCAACAUCGAGCUGCGCCUCUUGAAAAAUGAGAUCCUGUGUCCCAAACUUAUCGCGAGACCGCCGGUAAUCCUCACCAGCGCCACCCCUCUUUUGACCUCGGUGUCGCCUGCCGGAGUUGGAAAAGCACCGCCGGGAGGGCCUGUGCCUCUCUCCAUCAUGAUCCUCAGCAUUCUGGUAGUGCUUAUCCUCACUGUGUUUGUGGCCUUCUGCCUUCUGGUCUUUGUCUUGAGGAGGAAUAAAAAGCCAGUGGGCAGGCAGGAGGGGCUUGGCAAUCAAGAGUGCGGCUCCAUGUCGCUGCAGCUCCGCAGGCACGGACACAAAUCCGGCAAAAAAGGCUCCAUCCCGGGAGACGACUUGGGAGCUGAGACUUUUAUCCCGCAGACCAUCGAGCACAUUGGCAAGAGCCACACGUGUGGAAUCGGCCGCUCCUCAGACAUGGACGCUGGUUUCAAGUUUGCAGACUCACAGAGGCAGAAGAUCAUCCUCCGGAACAGCGCCGACAAGGACAAAGACUCGCUAUCCACCCUGGAGCGCAACAAGCGUCUCAGCACCAUCGAUGAACUCGAGGAGUUCCUCCCUCACCGAGAGCCCAGCAUGUUCAUCCAGAACUUCCUGGACAAAAGAGAUUUCAACAGUAUAGGGAUGGGCGGCUACGAGAUCCGCUACCCGGAGAAAACACUGGACAAAAAGAUGAAGAAGUCAUCGCUGAUAGGCGGGAACCACAGUAAGAUAGUGGUGGAGCAGAGAAAAAGUGAGUAUUACGAGCUCAAAGCCAAGCUCCAAGGAACGCCUGAUUACCUGCAGGUGCUUGAGGAGCAGACUGCGCUGAGUAAAAUGUAGGGAUUCUUUCUGUUCCAUUUUGUGCAUUGAUCACACAUACACAGGGAAGUCAAACACACACACACACACACACACACACACACACACAUACAGGCAGAUAGACAAGACAGCCAAACACGUGUACCUUUCUUUGUUUGAAUCUGGCCUUCACAAACCAUCCGACACCACUAGAGCUCACGCUUUCUGUCCUCAUCUCCCUCUCUGCAGCCACACACGCAUACACACACUCCCACACACACACAGCAAAAAAAAAGUGCCUUCUGGAAACCCUUAAUGACCAAUGCAGAGAUGGACAAAAUGGCUCCACAGAACAAAAUGCUAUAACUAAAUUCAGCGUGGAUCUAUAUCACAGUUAAAGACCCUUUUGGAUUAUCCACACCCCUACAUGUAUGAACCCCACAUACGUACGAUAUAGCACCCUAAAAAGCAACCAAACAGUCGUAGUGUUUUUGCUGCAUUUGAAAUGGGUACUUUUCUCCCUUUUUUUCCGUUGGUUCCUGUCGUUGUUUUUCCUCUCCUUUUGUUUUUUUUCCCCCAACCAAAUCAAAAGGUCUUGAGGACAUUGAUUGAGAGAAUACGCGUCUGUCUCUCACCCUCUUUAAGAGAAAGAGAGAGAGAGAGAAAAAGGAGGUCACUGUUGUUAUUUUACUUUGGAAAGUCUCCAGUAUCAUGACAUCUGGGAUGAGAUUAACAAGAGUUGAUGACUCAAUGGAUGCUACUUUGAACUUUUUUCGUUGUUCUUGCAAGGAUAUCUUUCUUUUUUUGUUCUUGGGGGAUGCUUUCAGGAUUCCAAAUGCAGAAGCUCUGCCAUGUUGUCUGGAUUACCCGAGUGUGGCAGUAUACUGCUGCUCUGUACCGGGAGGCGGCUCUUGUUUUUUUUUAUUUUUUUUUUUAUCCAAUUCACAGUAACCCGAGGCACUGCAAAAACUCUUUUUGUGGAAUGAUUUCAUGACUUGUUCUCUUUGUGUAAAGAGCCAUGUUAAAUAUAGUGUCUUCUGAAUGGAGUUGUGUUCCUCUUUCAAAGUUGCUACUUACAGUUACUGUAUGUUUUUUUUUUUUUUUUUUGGGUGAAAUCUAACGGCACAUACACUGUCAGAGGACAUUGUUUCUGAAAAAGUGGAAAAACCCAAGGAUAUAUCAAAUUUACAAAGCUGCUUGCUAUGUAAGCGUAACCUGGAAUUUAUUUUGUAAGUCUUACAUUAUUUGUAUCUGUGGGACUGGUUUGUAAAUUACAAGGAAGGACAAACACCUCUACACGCACACACACACACACACACACACACACACAUAAAUAC